CGAAUGGGUGAGCGUACUCUGUUGGCUUGCAUCGGCUGCAAGCAGCGCAAGUUGAAGUGCGAUGGAAGAAGUCCAAAAUGCAAUAAUUGUACACGAAGGGGUCGAGAUUGCCUGGUCGAAGACCCAGCAACGGGCCUACAUCGCCCUCGGGAUUAUAUGCAAGCCCUGGAAGCUCGCGUGGCUUACCUGGAGCGACUUCUGCAACAGCACCAGCCGGAACUGGUGCCGAAUGAUUCGCAUCCUACUAAUUCGUCUCAAGGAGCUGUUGCCCUUGCUAGCGAUUCAGGCUCAGCUGUCGUGGAACCCUCACCGAACCUGGACUCGCUCAGCAAGGAAGUAGCACUGCUAUGUUUGAGUGCUGCCGGCCGUGAGCCGCAAUUUUUUGGACCAUCUUCGGGCGUCUUCUUCUCUCGUAUUGCGAGCGCUAGUAUUAAUUUCCCCGUGAAGCCCCCGGGGUUGGGUGACUUUCCCGAGAAUAAAGAUAACAGUAGCACGUUUCGCCCCAGCAGGUCACAAUGGACCACACCAAUCUCGGCGGUGGAACUCCCAUCCCCGGCUAAGGCGGCCUUGCUGUCCCAAGCCUACUUCAACAGCGUCCAUCCACAGUAUCCGUUUUUACACCGGCCGACUAUCCAAUCCAUGGAAAAAGAAUGCCUCAGUGCCAGUGCUUCAGGUGAGAUCAGUAGCGCUGACCCGGUUUCAUUGUUCUUCGUUCUCAUGACAUAUGCAAUCGGGUCCCUCGUCCUAGAGCAGUCGGAGACUGAAGCGGCUCAAGUGUUUUUCUCAUGGGCCCUUGAUCGCCUUGAACCUUUGCUUCACAUCGAUGGGCUGCAGUCAAUCCAGGCUCUUCUUUGCUGUGCGGUCUACUCAAUACGCUCUUACAAUGGAGCUAGCCUUUGGAAGCUCUCCGGCAUGGCCAUUCGACAGUGCGUCGAACUUGGCUAUCAUCGCAGUACUGAGAAGUACCGAUCUCGCACCGACGUCUUGACCAAGGAGAUUUCCAAGCGAUGUUUCUGGGUGGCUUACGAUUUAGAUUGUGUCGCGUCAUUCACCCUAGGACGGCCAAAGGGGAUAUCGGACAAUGUCAUCGAUGUUGAGCUUCCGAGCGAUAUCGAUGAUGAAUAUAUUACUUGCCAAGGUUUUUUGCAGCCCCCGCGUUCUUCACAGGCGGAAGCUCACACCACUAUGACCGGCGCUAUCCACGUUGUCCGACUGCGGCAGAUCUGGUCCAAGAUCAGCGACAACCUCUACUCCAAUACAUCAAACUCAAGCGAUGGCAAUCCUUCUGAUUCGACGUUUCUCGAAAGGCUCCGUCUGGAACUCGAGAAUUGGCGUCUGGGAGCGCCCAAUGAGCUGGAUACUACCAAUGUUUCCUCUCUCGCGGUGUUCGGGUCGCCAGAUUGGUUCCAUCUCGCUUACGACUAUUCGAUUCUUCUGUUAUACCGCCCCCUCAUCACUUGCCAGCCCGAACCCCUGGGCGAUAUGCAGCGGUUGGAAUCCAUCGAUGCUGCCUUCCAGGUUUGUUUCGACUGCGCCCGCGAUAUUUGCCAGCGAUAUCGGCGGCUAUACCAACGUCAAGGCCGCGUACAUUUUACUUGGGGUAGCCUGCAUAUCUUAUUCCUUGCCGGACUGACUUUUAAUUACUGCAUUUGGCGUUCACGUCGGCUCCGUGAGGACACUACUCCCGGGGUAGUUGUCAAUACCUGCAUGGCGUGUACCACACUGCUGGCGAUUAUUGCCGAGCGAUGGAGCCAGGCCUCGUCCUACCGGGAUAUAUUUGAGACCCUGUCGGAACGGACCAUCACCAUGAUGCACAGGGAUUAUCCGCAUGGCGCCCGGAGAGAAGAAGCCGCAGUGUCGCCUCCCGCUCGAGCGAUGGAAGCGAUGUCAUCUUGGGCCACAGGCUCUGGAUUAAACUCCGAUGGUGUGGAUUGGAUGCGUAGUGACCACAAUCUGGCAGAACAUGCGGACUUCGAAGCUUAUGCGCCAUUCCAGGAGUGGAUUGAGGGACUGGACGAUGGGCCACCGGCUGGGGGGUUGCCAUGGUUCAAUCAAUGACUCGUUCGCUCGAACAUUAAAGAACUCCACACCGUGCUAAAGCUUUCUUGCUUCUGGACGGAAACGAGCAAGUCCAUGCCGGUUUUAAUAUCCUGGUCUUCAUUCAAGCGUUUAGUCAUUUAUGAGAUUAAUUCGACCUCUGCAGUCUGGC